AAACGCCAACUUUUGUUGUCGUCCUCACUCUCUGGAACCUGAAGACAAACGGGGGAAACCAGCUUCAAAAAAGCUCAGAUAUUUAUCUUUCUCUUGGGCGUAUGACUUUCAUUUUCACCCUCGUUUUCUCUCGUCGUAUCUAGUUUACUGCGAAUCCCUUCUCCGAGCCGGGCCAGGAGAACAAACCCUAUCCACGCCAGGCUGCUGUAUUCUCGAACCGAACCUGUCCUUUUACCUCUCGACCAACUCACGGAAACAACCCGCAACUUGACCCAUACCCUCUCCCCGCACAUCCUCGAAAACUUCAGAUUUCACCGUUGGCCCCGUUACAUGUGAUUUCAAGCUACGGAACAAUGGCAGAUUUACAAGGACGUAAGGUGUUCAAGGUGUUUAACCAGGAUUUCAUCGUCGACGAACGGUACAAUGUCACAAAGGAGGUUGGGCAAGGUGCUUAUGGAAUUGUUUGUGCCGCAUCCAACGUACAGACCGGCGAGGGCGUUGCUAUCAAAAAGGUCACCAAUGUCUUCAGCAAGAAAAUCUUGGCCAAGAGAGCCCUGCGAGAAAUUAAACUGUUGCAACAUUUCCGCGGUCAUCGCAAUAUCACCUGCCUCUACGACAUGGACAUUCCAAGACCAGACCACUUCAACGAGGUCUAUCUCUAUGAAGAACUUAUGGAAUGUGAUCUGGCUGCCAUCAUCCGUUCCGGCCAGCCCCUGACCGAUGCUCACUUCCAAUCUUUUAUCUAUCAGAUUCUUUGUGGACUGAAAUACAUUCACUCCGCCAACGUUUUACACCGUGAUUUAAAACCAGGAAACCUCUUGGUCAACGCUGACUGCGAGCUCAAGAUCUGCGAUUUUGGUCUUGCUCGUGGUUUCUCAAUUGAUCCAGAUGAAAACGCUGGAUACAUGACUGAAUAUGUUGCGACGAGAUGGUACCGUGCUCCAGAGAUCAUGUUGAGCUUCCCGAGCUACACGAAAGCUAUUGACGUGUGGUCUGUCGGUUGCAUUCUUGCAGAAUUACUUGGCGGAAGACCUUUUUUCAAAGGUCGUGAUUACGUUGACCAACUGAAUCAGAUCCUUCAUUAUUUGGGGACUCCAAAUGAAGAGACCCUUCGCCGCAUUGGAUCCCCACGUGCACAGGAUUAUGUCCGCAAUUUACCAUACAUGCAGAAAGUUCCUUUUCAACGAUUGUUCCCGAAUGCGAACCCAGAAGCUUUGGACCUACUUGAUCGGAUGUUGGCGUUCGAUCCCUCAUCCCGUAUCUCGGUCGAAGAAGCUCUUGAACACCCUUAUUUACAGAUUUGGCAUGACGCAUCCGACGAGCCGACUUGCAAAACUACAUUUGACUUCCACUUUGAAGUUGUCGAAGACGUUCAUGAUAUGCGCAAGAUGAUUUUAGACGAGGUUAUGCGAUUCCGUGCACAUGUGCGACAACCACAUAUUCAAAUGGGAAAUGCGGGACAACAGGCUGCAGCGCAGCAGACCAGUGUCCCUAUACCCGAAGAAAACAUAACAUCUUGGAAACAAGACGAACCACGGCCUCAGGAGGCCAUUCAUGGGGGGAUGCAGCCUAAUGAUCUUGAAGCCUCGUUACAAGGAGGUAUGGAUGCUAUGCGGACUCAUGAAUUGCAGUUUGACGAACGCUGGAUGGUUACAAAAUACAUUUAUGCAUAA